ACUAUACGUUCGUACGUAAUUCCCGUAUCGGCCAUCAGCAACUCCGAAAUCAAUCUUAGGGCUUAGAGGAAACACCGAUUUAAAUCGCGAAUCAUCACUACAUUUUGGAAAAAUAAGGGAGAAAAGCUGAUCAAAUAUUAUAAAGUGGAGAUUUAUCCACAUCGUCCUUUAAUUUUGUAGUGAAUUUGAGUGUCGCAAGUGCCCGUUUUCUGGGCUUAAAAGGAGGAGUGUUUUCUUAAUUCUUGCUGUAGGUAUACAAUGGCUUGUGCGACACUAAAACGGACUCUUGACUUUGAUCCUCUUCAUAGCCCUGGAACCUCCCCUAAAAGAAGAAGAUGUUCACCGAUAAUAACUCCAUCGACACCAACAUCUAAAAGUAGUCUUCAACAAUCACCAUUUUCUCCAGUCACGCCAAGAAUAUCACCAGGUCAACUGGUAGCUCACAUUAGUCAUGAAUGGCGCAGGAUAAGGCGAAGGAAACGACUAGAAGAAUCGUACAGCAGUGAGGCGCCUUCAUCAUCAGAGAUGGUUGAACAUUCAUCUAGGUUUGGUCUUACAUCAUCGGCGAUGGUUGAACAGGCGUCUAGGUUUGGUCUUACAUCGGGAUGCUUCUCACCACCCCCGUCCACCUCCACCAAUCCUAUGCCACAGCCCACCAUGCCUUCAGGCUCGUCGUUACAACAAACACAAACCAAAGAUCAACCUAUGUUCACUUUAAAACAGGUCAUCCUAAUAUGUGAACAAAUGUUGAAGGAGCAAGAAUCUAGGAUACGUGAGGAAUAUGACAAAGCCCUGUCCUGCAAGUUAGCUGAGCAAUAUGAUGCGUUUGUGAAGUUCAAUCAAGAUCAGAUUCAGCGUCGCUUUACCUCCACCAGCAUGAGCUAUGUCUCAUAAACCCACCCAAAGUGCAAUGAUGAAACAAAGAGAUGUCCAUACAGCUCUGUCAUACCAACCAACCAACCUACCGUACUCCAAGGACUCACAAUGCAGACGCUUCAAUAUCAUGGCUUGUUACAUGAGAUGACUAGUCACUGCAGUGGGCACAGACGAUGGCUUACAUCAUUGUAGCGUCCCCCCCCCCCCCCCCCCAUUUAACGUAACUCCUGUAUUGGAUCACUCUUGAUACCUAGAUAUAUAUACUUGUAUGCAUGUUAUUCCUGCAAAUAGGACUCGAUGUAGAUGGCCAUGAUCUACACCCCCCCCCCCCUCCUUCCUCAUGAAAGAAGAAGGUAAAAAGAAGAAAAUAGUGAUGAAAGUGUGAUCAUAUGAUUUAAAUAAGUAGAAACAAAAUGAGAAAUCCACAGAGCUAUUAUUUCUGAAGAGGGUAGAGACUUCAAGCUUUUUCGUAAGCAUCUAGUUGAGUUAUAAUUGAAUUCAUAUGUAAAGGACUCUAUCAAAGACUUUAGUUUACCUUAUGAAUGUUUUAAAAUGUUAGCCUAUCAAAAGCUUAAAGCGUGCCAUUUAGCUUAGGAGAGCUUCACAUGAGCUCUUGAAAACUAAAACAUGAGCAAUAAUAAUAUUAACAACAAUAAAUAAAAAUAACGAUGCUAGAAAAAUCAAAAGGAGCUCCCAUGAACGUAAAAAGAUUAGAACAUUUAGUUUUACCAACAAAAUGGCCAAAGAGUCAUGGACUUGCACAUGUAUACAAAGCUGGUAAAUUUUGUUUUGGACUGGUAUGCCAACCAAGCAUAAGAAUUGUGGGGGGGGGGGGGGGGGUGCCAACUAGCCAGCAAAUUCCUGUGUAAAUGCGUAUUUACCCUUAUUGCAUGCAUUUGUGUAUAUCGAAUACUGUUAUUCACUUGUAUGAUUUACACACGUAUUACUUGGCAAGGAAACGGUGAAACUCAAGUUUUUUUUCUCUUUCCACAAGUGUGAUAGAGGAAGACGGCCAUCUUGUCAUUACGAUGGGAUUCAUUAACAUUGUAUCAUUCAUUGUACACGGUCACAAUAUAUGGCUAAUGAUGAUGCAUUACAGUUAAUCUUAUUUCAGGGUUUGCAUUGCGAGUGAGUGUAUUGAAACUUAAUCUGUUGAUACCUUGUAUUCUGUAAGAAGAAUUCAUGGUCUCAACCACAAAAUAUCUCAUGAUAAUGAGGAACCAGAUGACUUACAUCGUGUAUAAUAUUGGACGAAUCGAAUAAAUAUGUUUACUGCCUUCGUGAUGUAGAGUUCUGGGAUAAGUAUUAAGCUCAGCCAAGAUUACAUGGUUGAAAUCGAAAACAUUAGCUAUGGAAUAUUAUCUGAACAUCAUUUGUAGCAGAUGACCUGUGUGUGUGUGUGUGUGUGUUGGGGGGGGGGGGGGGGUGAGUUGAGUGAAGUAUGCUGUUAACUGUACUGUGGUCUUAUACUUGAUAUACAUUUACAUGUACAAUGCAUAGUUUUGAAGGCUGAUCUUUCAUCCUAAGGUUUGCACAAUGAGGGAAAACCCCAGUUCUCUUUUAACAGUCAUUUCCAUAAAACAACCUCCAAAAAUCUUUCUCCAUCAUUCUAUGAGGAGUAGGAGGAAAUGAACUUAAAACGCCCUACAACAAAAACUAAAGUUGGUCUUGGGUUCCCUAUUCUAUACGAGCAUGUACGGGUGUGUCAAGUAGUCUACUCAACUGUCACUUUUAUGUUAAUUGAGAGUUGAUCUAAACUUGCAGUAUCUGUUUAUAGAAAGUAAUAUUGGACACUCAUACUCUGCACACGGAACCCUGAGCAUACAGAGCUAAUUAUUUGUUGGUGAUUUGUACACUUCAAAAACUGCAGUCUGGACAACUUAAUGGGUUUAUGAAAUUCACUGUACGUGUCAAUGAUCACUCUUAUAAUGAGUGUGUCUGAGUGUAAAUCGGAGAGGAUCAUUGUUUCCCAGAACUCUACUUCACAUAUGAUAUUGAGGGGUCAGUGACACAAGGACGUAACUCCAUUUUGGCCAUUUUGAGAAAAAGUGGCUAAUGUGUCACUGAGCACUUGGGCCUUAAGGAGUUAAGUCUAUGUUUCACUAGCCAUUGACUUCAAUGGGGGUGUUGGGUGAAGUCUUUGUGUUUCCUGGAAAGCCCACAUUUUUCUGAACAUUUUGAUAUCAAAUACUCAUUUUGGCAAAAAAUGGAGUUCCGUCUUUGUGUCACUGACCCCCUCGAUAUGUUCCACUUGAAGCGUGAAGUGCGUGAGGCAUUAUUGUACAGGAAGUAGAAGAAAAAAAACGUGCAGAAGCCUCUCGCUUUUCUUAACCCCUGUGGGAUUAUUUUUGUUGAACCUUUUUUUUAAAUAUGAUACAUUGAUAGAUAUUUUCACACUUUUAUAUGUGUUUAUGUGUUUGAGAAUGAGCCUCUUAAUAGUGAGGAAAGGAAAGUGUGUUUGUUCUGCAUUGUCCAGACUGUCUCUAUCAUUGUAAAUAUUGAAGCUCUCUCUCAUGAUAGAUAAGGUAACUAUGCUGUUCAGUAAAUCCUAUUUCCUUGUGUUGUCUGUUUUGGUGCUAUUAAUUUCUGGCCAACAUUCUUCAAAAGUAUAAUAGAACAUUUAAAUUUAUUCGUGUCAUUUUAUUGAAUUAUUCUUAUUUAUUCUUCAUUCUUUUGAGUUAGUUUUUUGCCCUUGUUCCGAGGUUUGUAAGAUGAAACAGUAGGUUUUAGUAACUUGUAAAUAGUUUUUUUUUUUUUUAAAGAUUGAUAGAAGAUGACAAAACAAAGACAUAAAAGUGUGUGCAUGCAAGUUUGAAGCCAUUAAACCAGUUUUCAUGAGAAAGCAUCCUUAUAUAAUACAUUUCUACUUCUGUUCUGAUGGUAAGAUUUGUAGAUUUGGCCAUCAAAAGAGAUCUGAAUGCCUCUCGUAGAUAAAUAUGAAGUCUGGUACUUCAAAGGGAACAAAAAAUUAGCUGUGCAAUGAGAGUCACUAUCCAAGGAAAAAUAUGAAGUUCUUUGCCAGAUUUUAUAACCCAUUAUUUGAGAACUAUUCGGAGUGGCCAAUUUCGAAAUCAACUGGUAUGAUUGGUGUUUAAUUUUGUGAAAACGGGUCUUAACGUUACUGGCCAUAUUUAUUUGAUUUAUGUAGAAAUUGUAAAGAGUUAGAAGAAACCGGAAUCUAAAAAUGUUUUCUCUUUCUAUUAUGUGAAAGGUAAGUUCUCAUCCCAUAAUGAACAAAAAUGAUAUUGGUACAAACAAACAUAAUCAAAUGAAUGUAUAGAAACCAUUUUCAUGUGCUCAUUCAAUAAUUUGCAUUUUAGAUUUGUUUGGAGAAUUAUUCCUUAAACUCUAAGUAUAUAAUGUUUCUUUAGGUUUUGAUGUAUUUUUGCUUCUAUAUCUACUACGGUACUUUACCAUGUUAAAUGCAGUGUUAACCAUUUCCAGACUUUCAGAAUGGCAAUCUUUUAUCGCAAGGUGCAAACUGAGCGAAAAUCUGAUUUUUGAUUGGUUGUUGGCACACAUCUCUCAUUUUACGAGGUGUAGCUAUUUUAAAAUCAAAACGAGACAAAAAGAAUUGGUUGUUUGUUGAGCUUACUAGACAACUACAUGUAUUGUACAUUGUAUAUCAUACAGAGAUGAGGGCAUGUGUUACAGGACAUGCCUUUAUUUUCUCUCCAGUGUCAGAUGACAGACAUCCCCUUUUCUUAUGAACUUUUUAGAUUAUUUUCCAUCAGGAACUAUGUGACCAUUCAGCAGAGAGAGUCUGGAAAUGGUUGACUCUAAAAUGCAUCUUUAAGUAAGAAAUUGUAUAACAAAGACCUCAUUUAUAAUUAUAAUGAUAUCUCUGUACAUGCGUAACUAACCUGUAAAUGUUGUCAUAUACCUAUACAUGUAUAUACACAAUAAUUUGCACCUCUCCCCUCUUUUAAUAUAUUCAUUGAAGAAAAAAAAAGGGCAUAUUAAAUACGACAUUGACAUUGAUUGCUGUACAUAUGAUAAGACUUGAAGUAUUUACUGGUUUAGAUGUUAUAGUUAAUGUAGCUAAUAUUGAAGAGUAUAUGGAGAGGAGAUGCAGAUGUUGCAGGGAUAUUGAGUUGUACUUCUUAUUGUAUCCAUUCUUGACCUUUUUUUUUCCUGGUUUAUGAGAUGUCACAUUGAAAUUGUUAGUGUAAAAGAAUAAUAAUAAUCAGUUUCUGGUAUUAAAA